UGCCGGCUCGCGCGGACGCCUCGCACGCUACCUUCGGAAGCAAGUGAGACGCAAAUACCUCCCCCGGGGGGCUAGAGUGAGAAGCAACAAGCGACGGCCGUUUCAACAGGUCGUUAUUGUAACUUCAACUAAAUGGUGUACCGCAGCGGCCAGGAACAUGUGUUACUUCAGCAUACUGUUGAUAAUAUUUGACUGUUACUAGUGAAGUGGUUGUGAGACAAAUCCGAAAUGCGGUCGCGUGGUGUUGUUGAAUUAGUACUAGUGGGAGUGCAGGUGUAUGGAAUUGUUUUAGUGACGGGGAUGUCGGAAGUAUGGGUGGAACUACGCGCACCGCGGUUUGUAGUGCAUCGCAACAGCGCGGUACUUAGAUGCGAACACAACGUUGACCCAGAGUCUCUAUAUAAGGUUGUGUUCUUCAAGAAUGGUCAGAGAAUAAUGAAGUUUGUUAGGGGGCGAGAUCCGCCUUAUGAGCCUUACAACUUCACGGGAGCAGAUAUCAACCUGUUCCAAUUGUCGCCUACUUCAAUAACGCUAGAGAGGAUGGAUUUCUCAGCAUCUGGACCCUACGCCUGCGAGAUAGCUUUAGAAACACCGUUAUACUCAAAAGUAUCUAAAAUACAUGAAUUGAGUGUUAUUGUUCGCCAGAAACACCGUCCGAAAAUAAAAAUAAGACACAAAAAGCUCUCGUCCAACGACCACCUGGAAGCGACGUGUCAGAGUGCCCCCGCUCACCCCGCACCCCACCUCACCUGGUUUAUAAAUAAUAUGAAGGUGGAUGAACGGUUGACGGUGCCUCACGGAACGGUGAACGUCCACCGUCACCAUCACGGGAUGCCACUUUCGGUCACCAAUUCUUCACUGCACUUCCCUCUCGCGACACUGCAGCUGUACCCCAAUCAAACUAUAGACAUAACAUGUUUGAGCACCAUUCCCAGCUACGCCAACUUAGGUGAAGGUUUUGCAGACGUUCAAAAUCAUACUGUUACUGUAAACGUGGUUCGCAUCGAGCCGACGCCCACGCAGUUACCAGUUAAAAUUGUUAGCGAGGAACUAAAUUCAUCGUGCCGAUGUACAAUUCACCGCUUAGUCCUAAUAGCAUUAUUAUUGGUGUGCCACUUUAGCUUCUAAUUCACUGGUGUUGUUUAAUUAAUACAAAACUCAAUAAUAUUGCCAUAUCCUAUUAUUGAGAAGGUAUGUAGAUUUUAGAAUUAUUCUUUUACUUUUCAAUUUUUUUUUAUUACUUUAUAAUUAGCAAAAUGUUUUCAGCAGUAUUAUUAAUUCAUAAUUUCUUUUAAAACCAAAGCCUUAUUUUGUUAUUAUUAUCGUAUAUCAUAUGUUCCAUAUUAAAAUAUAUAAAGGUGUGAGAGGGAGGCAAUGUAUUACUCUUUCAAUAAAAUAUUAAAUGUAUUAAUGUUUUUUUGAGCUUGAAAAAUAUGACAAAAUAGAAAUAUAAUUAAGUUUAUUGUCAAUUUACUAAUUGGUGAUGUUUUCAAUGUAAUUUUCUAGCAAAAAUAUAUUGCCAGAAAAUCAAAUUGUACCUAAAUGCAUUUAAACAAAAUAACUGUAUAUAAAUCUAUUUAUAAAUAUUGUUUUUGUAUUUCACCGGAUGUUUUAUAAGCCGCAAAACAUCUUAAUUAUUUUUUCUUGCAUACAAGGAAAAAUAAUCGAAAAAUUUAAUAGAUAUCAAUCUGUAAUAAAUCACUUAAAUAAUUAUGUUUGAUUAUAUACUCUAUAAUUAAAACUUCAGGAAAAUAUUAAUGAUGUAACUUUUCGAGAAAAUUAAUGACAAAAUUUGGCAACAAAAACGUUUAGAAAAAUAAAAAUAUUAUAUUGAUCAUUUUACUUUUAAUUUAAUGACAUAAGAUGAAUUGAAUCAUUUAAUAUUAUAAUCUUAUUUUUUAAUUAUUUUAAUAACAUUUAUAAUAAAAAAUAUUUUUAAAAUAUUUUACUUAUAAAAAAAGUUUAUUUAGUUAGUAACUAUACGAUGAGCUUCAAAACGCUUUUUUUAUCUCCUUUGUACAUUGACCUUUUACUUGUGUAUGCGCAAUAAUGAGACUGAAUUAGAAUGCUAGGGUUUUAUAAUUACCUAAUGUUGACAGCCCUAUAACCAGUUGCUAGAAACCUUUGUCCAUUAUAGUGUAAAUUUAGGCCAAAGCCUAAUAAAUUUAAGGAAGAAAUUGUUCCGUAAAUACAUGGACGAGUAUAUGAAAAAUUGGAAACAUAUUAAUAUAUCAAACUGUAAUAAAAUAUGAGAGGAAAGAUUUCUUUUUGUUUAAAAAAUCUAAACAAAGUGGUAUUUGUUUAAUUAUUUAUAAGUUUACUUGCUUCGUAAACAUUAUAAUUGUAUGAUUAUUUAGACAGAUAUCAAAUAUAAUGAUUACCUUUUUUCAUAAACAUUCAUUUUCUAUGUCAACAUUAAUCCCGACAUUACAGAAUACCUAACAGUAGUCAAAUAUUUGAACACGUUAUCUAGAAAUGAUGAAAAUAAAUAUUUGAAAAUUAAAACCUAAAUAUUAUACAGUAGGGAUUGAAAUAAUGGAAUGUGAAAUUAGUUUUAUACCUAUAUUCAAUAUUUAUUAUAUGUGGUAACAACAUAAAAUAAAUAUUUAAAUAAAACCAAAGAAUAGUAGGUAAAUUUAAUUAGAGAGUAGUAGUAUUUCGUGCGUUUCCGAAUAAAGUCUAUUUGAAUAGUUAAUAAAAAAAAAGAACAUAAAAUGAAAAAAUUAAUCAUUGAAUAUAAACAGUCAAUUGAAUAUCAUAGGAUAUUAUUAUUAGGUAAUAAAAUCUUCUCUUGAUGCAAUGUUCAUACUUGCAACUUCUUUAAACAACAGAACAUUUUUUAUUUUUUUUCAGUAGCUUUUUAUAUAUUACAGUUUUGUAUAUAUUGUGACAUUCAACUUCAUGAAAAGCUGCAGGCUAAAACUAGGUAUAGUUAUAAAUACUCUAUUAACGUAGUCCACACGUACAUUUUCUUCUGAAAUUUUACAUGACAUACUUAUCCAAAACUCACCACACGUGAUAUACAUUUUUAAUACCAUAUUUUCUGUACUCACUGUUAAUUUCUACCUGCGAAACAGCUUGAGUGUACAACGUAAUAAAGAAAUGUUUGAAGUACUUUUUAACUCUGAGCGUUUUAUAUAAUUUGAGCUUAUAAAAUGACCACGCUUCCCCUCGAUUUCUUAUUCUUAGAGUUGUGAAGGUCUAGUAGCUAUUUGAUUUUUUGAGUUACGUAAAUGGAAUUAAUCUAAUGAUUUUUAUUUUAUUAAAAAUAAUUUCUUUUUAUUAAAAAUAAUAAAAUUAUAACAUUAUAAUAAUUCAUUAUUGUUAUUAAAUUUCAUAUCCAAAAGUGAUAUUAUGAAAAAGGAAGCAAAAACUGAAUAUUUAUACAUACCGAAAUUCUAAAAGCUGAAAUUUAAACUGAUCUUUUAAUUAGGAAAUUCAUUUGAUAAAUGUAUGAAAUUUCAUAGUAUUUCAAAUAACGAAUUGCAAUAUUCGAUUCAGUUCAUUCGGCGGUGCUGACUAUGUGAGCACAUUGUAUCCAUCUUUUGCGGUACAAAUUUAUUUUAUAAACGUAUUAGUAAUAAAAUAAAUAAAUAACUCACCUCAUCAAUAUGUUUAUGUAUAUAAAUCAGUUAUUCUUAUUUUUAUAUCCAGUCCACGCGGUACUAUUUUCUUCGUAUUUCAUUGAUUUGAACCUUCUGGUGAAGCUAAGAAUUAUUCAUAUUCGCACAGCCGCGGGUUAGUAUAUUCAAAUCAUGUGCCGAAACAAAAAGUGCCUAAAAUUGUUUCGGGUCUUUAUGUGCUAUUCAUAUUGUGCUCAAUUUAUGACGAUAUGAUAAUAUCAUUUUUGAAACCUACAUAACAAUAAUAUCUAUUGCGAAGUAGGUGAUUUAUCAAAAUAAGUACAAUUUCAAUUUUUAUAUGUAGAAAUCUUGUUUUAUGAUAAAAUUAUAAAUGUUUUUAGUUGCAAAUGCCUUUAUUUAUUUUACACCGUUAUCAAAAUCGCUAGCUUCACAACCUACGUAAUUCAGCCAUUUAAAAUAGACUAUUGUUGUCAUUAAUAUUGCUUUUGCUUUUUAAGUAACGAAUACAAUAUAGUUAAUUUAUAGUUUUUUUUUUAUAAAGUUUAGGAGCAAUUAUGUAACAAAACAUAUCAUAAUUAGGAGUGAGUAUUUGUAAACAAUUUAUAAAUGUUGUGCAUCGGGAAAGCUUUUCGGCGAUUUGUUUACUAAGUGUUUGAAUUGAAUAUAUAUUUUUAUGAUAUCCGUGUUUCUGUGACAGUCCUGAGAUUUCGGGUACUGGCAGUUAAAUAAUCAUUUACCUAUAUAGAAAAAGUAUGAAUAAAAUUAAAUUACAUAUUUAUAUUAUCUAAAUCAAAAUGAUUGAUGCUUAAAGCAUAAAUUAGGAAAAUAUAUUUUAUGUCUAUUAAUCUAAGUAAAAUUGUGUAAGUGACGGAGUCUAAAGACAUAUGUACUUGUGCUCGUAACUGCAAAUGGCUUGGAAGAGACGCCAUUUAGAUAGCGGUAAAGUCGAGCAGAAGUUCCUCUAUAGAUAAAUUCAACACAUUAUCGAAAAUGACGAUAUGUUAAACAUAAAACCUGACAAAAUAACCUCUUGAUCACAGCUCUGAUGUAGCGCUAAUUUCACCCUUACAUUAUGAAACGACAUUGAUUAAUGUAGUUAAAUA